AUGAAUUUUAAUUUACCAGAAGGAAAACAUAACUAUAUUGGCAGUUGUGAAUGUGGAGAUAUUAGAAUUUCGGCUGAAUUAGAUUUAAAUAAGAUUGAAGCUGAGCAUUGCAAUUGUUCAUUGUGCUUAAAGGACAGAAGUUACUCUACACGUGCAGAUAUUUCAAAGUUCAAACUGUUGUCUGGAGCCGAGUCAACUACACUCUACGAUUUCGGAACAAACACAAUCGACCACUAUCUGUGUAAGAUCUGCGGUACAAAGGUUUACUCUUACUGCAAGAUUCCAACUAUCGGAGAGUACUAUAGCGUUAGCAUCCCAUGCAUCAAAGGAAUCACUGAAGAGCAACUCACAACCCUUCCAGAUACCAAAAAAGGUUUCUCUGACUAUGGAAUCUACAAAGGUUCUUACCCAGAAAAAAAUGAUUUUAAAUUAAUAUUUUCAUUAUCACAUAGGAGGUGUAGAAAUCUUUUCAGAAACAAAAGGAAGAGGAACAUUUAA